ACACUCCAGCUGGAGCAGCAACAUUAGGUGACGGGACUGGUAGCAUCGAAGAUAUCAGUUCUUUGAACAUCCGGCAUUGAGUUUUAUGGUUGUUCAUACUAAUACUACCUUUGCUGCUGCAGUUUUGCUGUGGUCACUGACCAUGCGGUUUUUUUUUUUUUUUUUUUUUUCAUCUUUCAUGUCCCCUCUUUACUUUUUCCCUCCCCCCCGAGCCCGCACACUGCCUGCCGUCCUUUAUGGCGGUUCGUUCGGAGUCGCUCCGAGUCAUAAGUGCAGCAAACAUGCCUCACUCCAAACAAAACUCACCGUCCGGUAUCGACUUGCUGCAAUUAAAAACGACAGCAGCUGUAUUGUCUCUCCCUCUCCGGCAUUCCUUGCGGCCUCAUAGACGAUCGGGCUUCCCCCACAUAAUCGGGCAAUUUGGUUGCCCGCUAAUAAAUUGAAUUAUUGCAGAUCAGAAAGCCAAGCUUGGAAACCGACUAAACCUUGGGGCUGGUGACCUUUUCGAUUCGAUUGGAUGCGUGC